UACUGUUAGGGUGGAAAUGGAAAGUACAAUCCAUUGAUUGUAUGAAGAUGAUGAUUGUACCCAGGUCGCGAACCGACCGUGGCAAAGUAACGAUUUUUGCCGAUGCAGCAGCGAGGGGUCUAGGUGGGAGCGAGAGUCCGCCUCCCCGAACCCGGCCCGUCCUUCCACGCUUUCCACCAUGUCCCAUAUUGUCCUGUUUUCGGUGGAAAAAAAUGGAAAGUCUGGAGAGAGGAAACGAAGAAGUCGCAUCCUUCGCUCCGUGGCCUUGCCUCUGUCCCCUUAUCAAAAUCGGUACACAUGCUAUAUGAUCAAGAUCUCGUCCACCACGUUGCGGCACCAUAGCUGCUGUGGCGUCCGCAGACACACGCGCGAUAGACAAAAUUGUUGAAUGUGUAAAGUCGGCACACAGUGUGUGUGUGGCUGCUUCGCACUGUGAAUCGCUUGGUUCCGCAGACAUUUCCACGCAGGACGUCCAACUGGCACCAAGAACUGAAACUGGAACUGGUUUCCGCGAUCGUCGAAAGGACAUCCUACCGAAGGAUAAUAUCAGUAGCCGGAAGGAAGUCGCGCAGAGAAGAGUGUCGCGGAGUGGUGAAGUGUGGCCCCCCUUCGUUCAGUGUGCCUGGAAAUCACCAGUUGGAAUGAACUCGAUGUUGGGCUCCUUCCUCACGAAGACCCACUGUCAAGAGGGUGGUGGUUAUUUGAAGAGGGCUAAUCCUGAUCAGCUGCAUGAGAUCUUCAACAAGUAUGCGUCGGUGGAGAGGAACGGCGAGCGGUUCAUGAACGCGGACGACUUCAUCCGUCGUUACCUGAAGCUAUUCGAAGGCAACAACUUCGACGCCAACUCGGUGCGACUGCUCGCCGGCAUCGUCGACACCAACAAGGACAGUUUGAUCUCCUAUGCAGAGUUCCAGGCCUUCGAAGGUCUGCUCUGCUUCCCAGAUGCCCUCUACAAGACGGCGUUCCAGCUGUUCGACACCAACGGAAAUGGAGUGGUUAGUUUCGCUGAGUUCGUGGAGGUGAUGCGAAAGACGGUCCUCCAUGAACGGAUUCCCUUCAACAUGGAAUCGCCCUUCAUCCAGCUGUACUUCGGCAGGAACAAGCAACGUGCCAUCUCGUACAGCGAGUUCAGCCAGUUCUUGCACGACUUCCACGAGGAGUACGCGAUAGAGGGAUUCCGAAAGGCCGACCGCAACGGCACCGGCUUCAUCUCGGUGCUGGACUUCCAGGACAUCAUGAUCAACAUCAAGAGCCACCUGCUGACCAAGCAGGUCCAAUCGCACCUGAUUGAGACUGCAAGUGGCAGCCAGAUUGGUAAUAAGGUGAGCUUUCCCUAUUUCAUCGCGUUCAACUCGCUGCUGAACAACAUGGAGCUCGCCAAAAGGAUCUACCUUAAUGUGACGAACGGACACCGGAACCAGGAGGUCAGCAAGGACGAAUUCAUGCAUUCCGCUCAGGUCAUGUCGCAGAUGACGCCCCUCGAAGUCGACAUUCUGUUUCAGCUCUGCGAUGUCCUUCACCAAUCCGGAUUGUUAUUAACGGAAAAUGGCUUUGAUGGGCGGAUAGUGUACAAUGAUCUCAACGCGAUCGCGCCCGAGCAGUACUUCAAGCAGAUCACAAAUCGGCUGGCGGAAAUCAAGGCUGUUUCAAGCCCGGAGGACCGAGGCGUCGUGAUCCAAGUGCUGGAGAGCGCCUACAGGUUCGCAUUAGGUUCAAUCGCUGGAGCGGUCGGAGCGACUGCAGUUUAUCCAAUUGAUUUGGUGAAGACCAGGAUGCAGAACCAGAGGACCGGCUCGUUCGUGGGGGAACUGAUGUACAGGAAUAGUAUAGAUUGUUUCAAGAAGGUCAUCAGGCACGAGGGCGUCUUUGGAUUGUACAGGGGUCUCGUGCCGCAGCUGCUUGGUGUCGCACCAGAGAAGGCCAUCAAAUUGACGGCUAAUGACUUCAUCAGAGAUAAAUUCUACGAUAAGAACGGGAAUAUCCCGGUGUACGGAGAGAUCUUCGCCGGCGGAUUUGCUGGAGGGUGUCAGGUGAUAUUUACGAAUCCGCUGGAAAUCGUUAAGAUUCGACUCCAGGUGGCAGGAGAGAUUGCGGGUGGCAGCAGGAUGAGAGCGUGGCCUGUGGUCAAAGAUUUGGGGUUGUUCGGGCUGUACAAGGGUGCGAGGGCUUGCCUGAUGCGUGACGUUACAUUCAGCGCAAUCUACUUUCCUCUGUAUGCACACACGAAGGCCUCGAUGGCCGACGAGAACGGAUACAACAGUCCUCUGACGUUACUUCUGUCCGGAGCGAUCGCAGGAGUUCCUGCAGCUUCCCUCGUGACUCCCGCAGAUGUGAUAAAGACUAGGCUGCAGGUUGUAGCCCGACAAGGGCAGACCACGUACACAGGAAUCGCCGAUGCCGCACGCAAGAUCUACAGAGAGGAGGGUCCAAGGGCGUUCUGGAAAGGAGCCACCGCUCGCGUGUUUCGCUCUUCGCCCCAGUUCGGCGUGACCCUCUUCACAUAUGAACUUCUCCAGAGAUAUCUCUACAUUGACUUCGGCGGCACGAGACCAACAGGUUCCGAGCAGAAGGUUCCUGCUGGUCUUGAGGGAGAACAGAAGUCGCGUAGUCCAGACCAUAUCGGAGGCUACUCAGUGGCCUUGCCAAUAUUCAGCGGCAUAGAAACCAAAUUCGGACUGUGUUUACCCAAAUUCAGCAUCCCUUCGUCAUCAACAUCAUCAUCAUCGUCGUCCUCCUCAGACAAGAAGUAAACUUAAUAAUAACAAUAACAACAUUAGCAGCAACGGGAGUAAAAAAAAAAACUAAACAAGACACGGCGUCCUCUCAAAUAGGUUGUAAAUUGUAUACAUAUGAAAAAAAAACAAACUUUGUAAAUAACUUUCUUUUCUGCUCUGCACUUACAUCCACGAUCGUGCGAAUAUUGUUUGAAUUUGUUCUUUUGAGGUGGCUGGAUUAACUGAAACGGAAACACUGAUGCUUGUGAUAACGUGUCUUUUGCGGCGAGAUGAGCCUUAAUAUUAUAUAUGAAUUGUACAGAGAAGA